AUGCCGAAACCAAAGUCUUUCCUCAAGGAAUCUAAGUCUAAUAAGAAAAAGGCGACCCAGCGGGUCAUAUGUCGCCGUAUAGCUUACCAAGAUGUCCCAGUUGGUGUCGAGCAGGAAGAGGCCGGAGAGAAAUGGCGCGCCGGAGAUGCAGCCAAGUCCCUGCGCUUCUUCAUGCGCGCCAUCAAUACCUACGAUGAAGGCUUGAGCAAACAUCCCAGUGCGUUUGACCUGGCAUAUAACAAAGCGAGAGUUCAAUAUGAAAUCACGCAACAUCCCAAACUAGCUGCUCAGCUGUCUGCGCCACUAUUGGACGUCCUGCGAGUAGCGCUUGAUUCUCACAGAGCAGCGCUUGACCUGGAGCAAGACAAUGCAGAUGCGCUUUUCAACACAGCCCAAGUACUCACCAGCAUUGCCGAGGCGUUGACUGAAUCCAAACGCCCAUCGGAUGACCGGCUCUCUCAGGCAGUAAAGCUUUUGCAAGAAGCCAUAGAACUCUUCCAACGUUGCCUAACUGUACAAGAACUCAAGUACACCGAAAUGCAGGAGCAGAUCAACCAGAUGACGUCCGGCGAAAUGGACCCUGCUGAAACUCAGAUGCAAGAUACACCGCCAGAACUGCCACCUGCGGACGAGUCGAAGUCGUCAGACCAGCAAGAACAAUGGGCUGCUAUUGUUGAGCCCGUGACUAAGGACACACUCGUCGACACAGCUGUCGCACAACUGGAAGCCAUCACAAGCCUCUGUAACCUACUCACGUUCAACCCUGAAGAAGGUGUCACUUGGGUAGAAGAGUAUUCAUCAGAGCAGCUGCAGAAACGAAUCUCGGCAUAUGUCGAGGGGUCAAACAGGCACUACGAGGCCAAUCUGGCUCGUGCCAAGUUCGCCUGCUCCCUGAAUGAAGUCCUGUACAGAAGCGGACGGACCGAAGUUGGAACAUACUCCGAGGAAGUUUCGCGAGCUUUCGGUCCUGAUCUGGAUCUAUCCAACGACCCAGAUGGCCUGUGCAGCAAAGCAGAUGCGCUCACUUCUUUCAAUACGGCGCUCACAGAUCUCCCUCCGUAUGAGCCGGAGGCCUUUAUGAAAGCGCUGUCCCUUCGAUGGCAAUCCCUGUCCGCUGCCUUGGACGCAUUGAGCAAAGCGUCCAAACUCCCCAAUGCUGAAAACCUGCCAAAGAUUCAUCUGGCCAGAGGAGACGUGGAGAUGGGUAGGUGGAGGCUUGGCUUGGCUCCGUGGGACUAUAACAUGGCCCGAGAUAACGCAGCUACACUGCUGCGCAACGCCCAGACUUAUUACCGUGGUGCAGCAGCCUUGGCGAAGAGAGACGGUGCUGCGGACGAGGAACGAGAUGGAACCUGCAAGGAGGCCAUUGCUGCUGCACUGGCAGGCCAAAAGGACAAACUCCAGCAGCUCCGGAAAGCUGCGCCCAAAGAGCUGAUGCUCGUUGCGGAGGAUGUGGUCGAAGACGGAUGGAUGGGUCCCGGUGAUAUGGAGGUUUUGUUGUCGUAG